UAGCAAGGCUGAUUCUGAGUACAUAGGGUACAGGCGUUCAGACAAUGUGUGAAAUGAAGACCUUAUUUGCUGUUGACUUUAAGCGGCCCCCUUCAUUUCCGUGAAUCGUGCAAAAGGAUGUCAAACGAAAUGCUUCCCUUCUGGAUCAACAAAAAUUCUUUUUGCUCAUGAAACCAGUCUGUAGUACAUGGUAUACAAAAAAUGGCUAUUCCCUUGCCAUUCGACCGACGUACUAAAUGUGUUUCUAUCAGGCGUUAUUUCGCAAUGGGCGUUUAUGUGUUGGAUUGAGUUGUCUAAGUGCAAUUCGUAUGUAUUGCAACAAUCUUGUCGAUACUUCUGGAAGUUCAAAAUCCAUGAGGCUGUGAAAUAAGUUACGAGAUUGCUACUUUCCAAGAAAUAAGAUGUUUUCCAACGAGAAUUGAGAUUUUUAUUUUGUUCCGUGUACCCUAAUUUUGUUUUUCAGGGUUGUCCAAUUUUCGGGAGGAAGCUUCGCCUAGAAAGGCACCGCAAGAAGAAGAAGUUUCAUUUCAUAUGAAAUACGAAAGAGGAGAUAACCAGGUGAACAGGGCAAUCGCCGGACAUGGAAAUUGCUUAACGGUCGGGAAGAAGGUCCACUGUGCUGCAAUCAAAUUAGGUUUUGGUUCAGAUGUCUAUGUUUGUAAUACACAGGUGGAGAUGUAUGCAAGGUACGCAGACAUGUCCGCAGCACGCAAAGUGUUCGAUGAUAUGGUUCAGAAAGAUGUCGUCUCUUGGACGUCCUUGAUAUCUGGGCAUGUUCGGAGAGGAGAUUUUAAUGAUGCAUUUCUGUGCUUUGGUCAAAUGCAGCUGACAGGUCUGAAGCCCAACCCCGUGGUGUUGUUAGCCAUGUUUCAGGCGUGUUAUCUCUCCGCAAGCCUGGUGCACGGCCAGAGUUUUCACUGUUACGUGAUCAAAUCAGGUAUGGAAGGUUACCUGUCUCUAGGCAAUUCAAUUCUGACAAUGUAUGACAGAACAUGUAACGCUGAAGAAGCAGAGAAAUUUUUUGACAUGAUGGAUGAGAAGGACGCGAUCUCAUGGAACAUCAUGAUUUCUGGGUAUGCUUUCAAACAGAACAAGGACAAGGCAAUCGAAACCUUCAUAAGAAUGUUGGAUGAAGGUGUGCAGCCAAAUCCUGAAGCUCUUACCACUGUAAUUUCCGCUUGUGCUAAGUUGGGGGAUAUUAUGCGGGGGCAAGAAUUUCAUUCCUUCGUAGUGAAGAAUGCACUACAAGAUGUAAAACUGCAAACUGCUCUUCUGGAUAUGUAUUGCAAGUGCGGGUUUGUUGCUUUAGCAACUCGUGUUUUCAAAACAACUCCAGAACGAAAUUAUGUCACCUGGAGCAGAAUGGUGUCCGGAUAUGUUCAGAACGGAUGCCUCAAUGAAGCUAUUUCACUAUUUGGGCAAAUGCAGCUUGCAGGGUUCAGAGCUGGGCCUGAUACCUUAAGAUGCCUGAUGUCCGCUUCUACUCAUCUGGGUGCUUUGAGUAUUUGCAGAGAGAUCCACGCGUACCUUUUUAGGAACUGUUUCUUCAUCGAUGAUAUAGCCACGAUAACAUCUCUAAUUGAUACGUAUGGAAAAUGUGGAAGCAUCAUUUACUCAAGGCGUUGCUUUGAUCAAGCCAACAAGAAAGAUGUGGUUUCGUGGAGUGCCAUGAUUCAAAAUUAUGCACUCCAUGGAUACGCAUUAGAAGCUCUGCAGCUUUUUGAUGCAAUGAAAAAGGAAGGACUUGAACCGAAUAAUGUUACCUUUAUCAGUCUGCUUUCUGCUUGCAGCCAUGCAGGCUUGCUUGAUGACGGGUGCCAAAUUGUUGCUGACAUGAGAAAAGAUUCAAGAAUUACGCCCGGUCUGGAUCACUACACUUGCAUGGUGGACCUGCUCGGUCGAUCGGGUCAUCUUGGGCAAGCUUAUGAGACCAUAAAGGCAAUGCCUAUCGAACCGGACAGUGGAAUUUGGGGGUCAUUGCUUGGUGCUUGCAGAAUUCAUUCCAAUCUCAAUAUUGGUGAGCUCGCAUCCAAACAUUUGUUUGAUUUAGAUCCUCAGAAUGCAGGUUACCAUGUGGUUCUAUGCAACAUAAAUUCCAGUAAUAUGAGGUGGAAGAAAGCCGAGAUCAUGAGGAGAGUGUUUAGGAGGGGAACCCAGCAGAAGAAGAAGCCUGGUUGGAGCUGUGUUGAAGGAGGAGAAGGUCUACAUGGGUUUACUGUUGGAGAUAGAACUCAUCCUCUGUCCUUAGAGAUUUAUGAAACUCUGGGUUGCUUGAGGAAACACAUGGAAGAGAUUGGCUUGGAAAACUAAGUUUAUUGGAAUAUGUUGAUCAAAUCAAUCAAAUGUGCAGUAUGUAAGCCGAGGGAGAUCCAUUUGGCAGGUGAUGCAUGUAUCCUGAUGGAGACGAGGCUCUGUACUCGAUUAUUGUGGACCCGAUUGCACCGGUGCAUGAAGCUGGUUGAUACAAGUGGCCAAAGCGAAUUGAGGUUGGCAGCAGUAUCAUGUAGAAUAUGAUCAAAAGUAGAAGAGAACUUUCUUUUUCCUAACAAAAGUUGAUAGAAAAUUAAAUGAGCAAGUGGUGUUGCCUUCUUUCUUACUCAAUUGUUGCUGCCUGCACUUUAAUAGUCUGAUUAGGACCAUUUGUAUCAGGCAAGUUCUACUUUCCUUUUGUCCUCCAGUUGCCAUUGAACUGAAUUACACAACUAAAUUGUUUUA